CAAACCUCAUUUCCUCUGCAAUCAAUCUCUUUCAUCUUGUUUACUCUCUCAUUCCCCUGCCCACCCUCCAUUAAUAUCCCGCCAUGGUUACUCUGAUCUUCAUACCUUCAAGCUUCUUUGUGUUUUUGUGAGAUAAAGAAAGAACGAGAUGGGCAGACAGAGGAGAGAGAAAUAGAAAAAUACCCAUCAAGAUUCAAUCCAAUUUUUUUUUUAUAUAGAUUGAGAUCUCACUCUCUGUCUCCAUUAGGAUACAACAUAUAAUACACACAACCCAACUCAGAUUUCCUUAAAAGAAAUCUCAUGUUUUGUUUAAAGUAGACGGAGAUAGAACAGUGAGUAUGAAAUUUUUUCUUACUUUUUCGUUGGUUUUGAUUUUGGAUUUUGGAAUUACAUCAAUUGAUGCCAGACCCACAAGUUUACUUCCUGUUUCUGCAAUUUUUGUUCCUGAAUCUGCACCUGCUGCUGCUCCCAUCCCUUCAAUUCCAUCAUCAAUGGCUGACUUCUCUUCAGGAACUCAAGUGAAUAUCCCAGAGCACCAAAGGAAUUCAAGUAGAAAGCUUCUUAUUGGGCUCAUCACAUCCGCUUCUGUGAUGGGAAUCCUCAUAUUGUCCAUCAUAUGUUUGUGGAUUUGCCACAGAAAGAAAAUUGGCAAAUCAGGCAAAAACAAUACCAAGAGAUUAGAUUCUUUGAGAGGGCUUCCAUUGAGUUCCUUCAUUAGCAGAAGUAGUGGCCCUAUAAAGACGAUUAACGAGAAGGGAUCGGUGGUUGUUAUGGAUUAUAGCUUGUUAGAAUCAUCAACAAACAACUUUGGAGAAAGUGAAAUAUUAGGUGAGGGUGGAUUUGGAUGUGUAUAUAGAGCUCGACUUGAUGACAACUUAUAUGUUGCUGUUAAAAGACUAGAUGGUGGUAGUCACGAUGCCAUCAAAGAAUUCCAGACGGAGGUGGAUCUAUUGACUAAAAUCCAGCAUCCCAACAUAAUCACCCUGUUGGGAUAUUGUGUUCAUGAUGAAACCAAGCUGCUUGUUUACGAAUUGAUGCAUAAUGGAUCUUUGGAAACUCAGUUACACGGGCCUUCCAGUGGAUCCAAUUUAACAUGGCAUUGCAGAAUGAAGAUUGCAUUAGAUACAGCAAGAGGAUUAGAAUAUUUGCAUGAGAACUGCAAACCAUCUGUCAUUCAUAGAGAUCUCAAAUCAUCCAACAUCCUUUUAGAUUCCAGCUUCAAUGCUAAGCUUUCGGAUUUUGGUCUUGCGGUGAUGGAUGGAGCUCAGAACAAAAACAACAUUAAGCUUUCGGGGACUCUGGGUUAUGUAGCUCCGGAGUAUCUUUUAGAUGGAAAAUUGACAGAUAAAAGUGACGUCUACGCAUUUGGAGUUGUACUUUUAGAGCUUUUACUCGGAAGGCGGCCUGUGGAAAAGCUAGCAGAAUCCCAAUGCCAGUCUAUCGUCACUUGGGCUAUGCCACAGCUAACAGACAGAUCUAAGCUUCCAAAUAUUGUAGAUCCUGUUAUCAGAUAUACAAUGGAUCUCAAACACUUGUACCAAGUUGCUGCUGUAGCGGUGCUAUGUGUACAACCGGAACCGAGCUACCGGCCAUUGAUAACCGACGUAUUGCAUUCACUUACCCCUCUGGUUCCGGUGGAGCUUGGAGGGACUUUAAGAGUUGCACAAACCUGGCCUUCAAAGACAACUGAGCCAUGAUUUGGCCAUUUCCCAUUUAAUUCAUCUUCUUAGUGGUUAUUUUGUAGGUAAUUUGUUUUUAAAGAUGAAAAAGGAAAGAAAAUGGCAGAAUUAUGGUUUGUUUAGAAAAGUUAAUAUUUGUAUGUGGUGGAGCAUCCGUAAACAUGAAAAGGACUCCACAUGUAAAUUUCUAGUGAAAUGAGAGGUUGGGGGUUUAUUUGUUUGAGUGAUUUUAGUUUUGGGAAAUUGAUAUGAUUCAAUUAUAU